UGGUCCCAGAUCGCAAUGUGUUCGUCGUAGCUACCCACAGCCACUAAACGCUCGUCAUGCGGGUGAAACUGGAUGCUGCAUACGCCCAUGGAGUACUGCCGCGUGUUCUUAAAGGUCGGCGCUGCGGAGCCGACGCGUAAAUCCCAUCCCUUCAUGGCAGCGUCGUCUGCGCCCGAGAACAGCACAUUCGGGUCGUGGCAGUUGAAGGCCGCGAUCCACGCCUCAAUGGGCGAGCCAUACAGGUCGUGAGCACGCCACUAAAGUCAAAGCAAUCAAGUAACAGUUAGGCAUCGUUUCAUCAAGGAUGCUCUACAUCAAGCGCGUCUCAAGACCCCAUCGACAAACCAGGGGUUGCCGCUACUCAAGCGGAAACCGGUGCGACCAUACCUUGGCUUGUUGAAUGAUACCGUGCGGUGCAAGAUCCCAGACCGAUAGUGCGCUGCCACCAAGAAUCACACACAGCACAAUGUUAGCGUCUUUGAAGCACAGGUUUUUUGCAAUGUGAUCCCUACCCGUCCGAGUGGCUCACGCAGAUGGAAGGUUGGGCUCUUGAGUGGACACGGUUGUUCCAGUCCAACGACAGGCACAUGGAUUCAGCGUUCGUGUCGGUGGUUAGCCCCGAGUGACGCAGCGUCUGCACGUCACCUUCGCGAGCUAACUCGUAUAGUUCCAGUGAGCCACCAGCCGUGGCGGCACCCAGCACUGCCUUGCCGUUCAUGGCCUCCGUGUUCCACUUGAUGUCGAAGAUGCCGCUGGAUGUUGUGAUUCCCUCCAGCUUGUGCACCGAAACAUUUGCGCCGUCGGUACUGGCAGCGUCGUCACAACUCAACUGGAAGUGCUGAAUGGUGCCACUACGCCGGUCCUCCUUCUCGCCAAUCUCCGCCGCCUUGUGGAGCUGGUAGGUAGCCACCACCAUCGAUGACUCGAAGCCUGCCACGGGGCAUGAUUCCACACAGUCCGCCGUCUCGACGGUGUCGAACGUUGCCAACGUCGCGUCCAUCUUGCACCUUGCGUUGGCUAUCGUAAUACUUGAGUUUCGUAGCUUGGACUAUUUUAGCAAUUUCUAGUUUUUGGGUGUCAUUCCAAUCCAGUCAAAAUUGGAAAAAUAUGAGCACCAUCGACGACGCGAGCAGCUCCGAUGAGGACGAUUUCUUCGGUCGCAUGGAGAGCGAUGAUCUCUUUAAGGAGACAGAAACACAGCGAGCAAAACGUCGAGAGGCUGCGCGAUACGUGGAGCAGUACGCGGAGCGAGGAUGGGGACUGGCAGCCAGACAGCGACGUGUUCAAGGCACUGAUAAAGACAUGGUGACGGAGAGCGCGCUUGAGCUCCGUGCCGACAAGAAAGUUGUCUUUCAGGAGAAACAGGGUCAGCAGGCUAAGGUCUGGGAUUGCGCUUUGGUGCUGGCUAAAUUCCUGGCCAACGACGCGUACUUCUCACCGAGCUUUUUCAUUAACAAGCGCGUGAUUGAGUUGGGCUGCGGCAUCGGUGUGCCGGGUUUGGCUGCAGCUGCACUUGGUGCCAAGGAGGUUGUGCUGACCGACAUGCCCAUGGCAGUCCCCUGGAUCCAAGUUAACGUCGAGCGGAAUCAGAAACUCGGCUGCAUUUCCGGUAACGUCCGUGCGCAGGGAUUAAUGUGGGGCGAAGGCGACGAGCUAGAGUCGCAUCAGUUCGAUGUCAUCCUGUGCUCAGACCUGGUAUACGGCCAUCGCGAUAUCUCUCAGAAGCUGGUACAGACCAUUGUGCAGUUAUCGCAUCCUGACACGCUGAUCGUUUCCGCGCACGAGGCUCGCUUUGCUGGAGACCGAGGCGACUCCUUCUUCUCACUGCUGUCCGACAAGCAGUUCCAAAUCGAGCAAGUGCCCCGCGAACGCCUCGACGCAGUUUACAGUGCCGCCAACAUGCACAUGCAUCUGAUCCGGCCCCCACAGAUUCGGACUCAGACCCAGACAGAUUAAAAUUAAAAGAUGGCAUUUUACUUCUAAAACCUU